AUGUCUUUCAGUUCAACAUCACAAAAAUUGGAAGAAUUCAGAAAAAGAAAAUUGCUUGUAAGUUUCAAUAUAUAUUCAGAAUGAGGUUUUUAAAAUCGUUCCAAAUUUUCAGGAAAAACAAGAAAAUCAGAAAGAGGAAGAGGAUGAAAAGGAUUUCAAAAAUAUAUUAGAAGAUCAACAAGUUAUCAGAAAAUCAGUUGAAAAUCCGGAAGAUGAGAAGAUUUGGACGAUCCCCAAUUGGAUUUUAGCUAUUAUUUUUGUGAUUGGACAGACAUUUGCGAUAUGGUGGGUUAUAUUUCGUUUAUAGUACAUUUUUGGUAAAUAAUGAAUGGGACCCCAAAUGGGACCCCAAAUGACUGAAUGGGACCCCAUGCUGAAUGGGACCCCGGUAUUUAAAAAUCGUCGUGAUGAAUGGGACCCCAAAAUAAUAAAAUGGGACCACAGCAUUUUUUUGAAUUGUCUGAAUGGGACCCCGCAAAAAAAGGGACCCCGUUGAAUUUUUGUAUGAGUAUGAAUGGGACCCCAUUGAAAUUUCUUCAGAAUGGGACCACAGGUAGGCUUAAACUUAGACGUAUCCUCAGCACUGGGGUGAGGCAUAGGCUUAGGCUUAGUUAGGAUUUCAGGCUUAGACUUAGUUAGGCCUUUAGACUUAGGCUUAGUCAGGGUUUUAGGUCUUUGUUAGGAUUUCAGGUUUAGGCUUAGUUAGGAUUUUAGGCUUAGGGUUAGUUAGGCCUUUAGGCUUAUGCUUAGUUAGGGUUUUACGCUUAGGCUUAGUUAGGAUUUUUAGCCUAGGCUUAGGCUUCAAAUUUUGUAUCCCUUUCAGUAUAAAAUUUCAGUGGGGUCCCAUUCGUACUAAUACAAAAAUUCAACGGGGUCCCUUUUUUGCGGGGUCCCAUUCAGAAAAUUCAAAAAAAAAAGCUGUGGUCCCAUUUUAUUAUUUUGGGGUCCCAUUCAUCACGACGAUUUUUAAACACCGGGGUCCCAUUCAGCAUGGGGUCCCAUUCAGUCAUUUGGGGUCCCAUUUGGGGUCCCAUUCAUUAUUUGCCUACAUUUUUGAUUUGAAUAAAAGUCAAAUAGGGAAUUUGACCUUCACCUCCAUUUUUAAUCCAAUUCAUAAAUAACAUUUUCCUUGAAAUCAUAAUUUUUUGUUCAGAUUUGAGGUGACCCUUUUGAAAAUUUACUGAACACUUUUAUUUAACUUAUUAAAAUUGUGAAGAUUUUCGAGAACAUUUUUGAAAGAGAAUCAUUUGGAAAAUUCUUAUAAUAAAAAAAAACGAAAAAAUGUGCUGAAUUUUUUUUUGACAGCCCGUAAAUCGGGAUUUUUGAAACUUAGAUUCAUGGGAAAUUCAAAAGUUUCUGUAAAUUUGAAUUCUCAAUGUCCGCCGAACUAAAACAAUUUUCCAUUUUAAUUUUGUUCAGGGUUCAAUUCGGCAUGGUUUUCUUCAUAACCUUCGCUCUAAUCUUCAUUUUUUUCAACACGGGAAAACGAAAAAGCGGAGAAAUCAGUGCAUAUUCAGUAUUCAAUGAACAAUGCGAAAGGUUGCCUGGACAAAUGACUGCUGAACAUUUUGAGCGAGAUGUUUUACAACAAAGAAGAAAAUGGUGGGUUUUUUGUUAUUGUUUGGUGAAAAUCCCGGGCGGAAAAUGGUUGUUUUUCCCCAAAUUUAAGACAUGUAUUUUUCUCUUUUUUCAUUCAAAGGGAUGUCUAAAACUUGUUUUCGGUUGUUGCUAAUUCAAUAUUCAAAGUUUUCCUUUUCCCAAGCAACAAAAAAAAAACAUAAAACCGAAAUAACAAGAAAAGUUUGUGACAUUCAAUGAAUUCUCAAUUCUUAUAUAAAUAUUUUUUUAUUACAAAAAAAUUCAAAAUAAUUUUCAACCCACACUUUCGUCAUUAUUAUAUUAAAAUCUCAUGAAUAUUAAUUUUAGUGUCUAUUCUGAAUUGCAGAGCUGAAAAAAGUUGUAUUUUUGAUUUUCCACGCUCUUUUUUCUCCCUAAUCCACCAAAAAUCACCAAGUUAUUCUCCACCCAAUUCUUCUCCCUUUUUUUCUAUUCAAUUCACCACCAAUUUGGUGUGUGCCAUCUUUUUCCCUCCAAAAAAGAAACCCCUCCUUUUUCCUCCACCAAAAUUAGCCCGAAUUUGUUAUUCUUCUCUCUUCUUCUCCUCCCUUUUCUGCUCUUUUUUUCUAUCUAAAAAAAUAGAAAAAUGGAAUUAGCCAAAUUUCGAAAUACUUUUAGCAAAAUUGAAAAAAAUUCUUCUCUUUUUUUUCUGAAAAUGAUACUUUUUCGAGCCCUUUUUUGAAUGUGUGCCUUUUUUUGUUCAAACGGAAAAAUCGAAUUUUUUACACUUGGGAAUUAUUUGUGUGAAAAGAGACAAAGUUUUCUUCUCCUUCUUUUUUUCUUUUUUUGGGUGGUUCAAAAGAAAAAAGUUUUUGUUAUUGAAAGUCGUUUUUUUUUGUCUUUUUUAGGAAUUUGAAAAAAUUGAGACAUUCAUUGAAAUACGAUACGUUUUUUCAAUAUUUCUUAUGUAUAAGAAAAAAACGUAGUUUUUAUAUAUUUAUUUCAAUAAAAAUGUUUAUGUUUCCGAUAGAUUUUCUAAUUUAGAAGCAAGGGUUUUAUCGGGUCAGAAAAAUAAAGAUCCGUGAUUUUCUCAAUGAGACGAGGCAGAGCUUUUUCGAUUAUCAGUUCUUGGUGAUCAUGCCAACUUUUCCUUGUUUAACAUUUCUUAGAUUUUUUUUUAGAAAAUCUGAUCUCGAAUUUUUUUAAAUCUCAAAGUUUCAAAAAGCUAUAUUCUCCACGUCCCCAACUUUCCCUUACAUUUUUGGAAUAUGAAAAAUUGACCCUCAAUUCAUAUGUCUCUACAAUUUUUGCAUGCUCAAAAUAAUAUAUGACCACUUGUUAUUUAAUACGAACAACAUGUAUUCAUAUUUUUCAUAUAAAAGAACAAAACCUUCAUUUUUUCCAGAACAACAUCUGUGGCUCGAAUGA